UUGGGUUCGUGCAGUCUAUUCCUCCAGCUCCUAUGAGACCAGCCAAGGCUCUUCGACCGGCACACGGAACCUACUCCGUGACCUUUCCUUCUUCUGCUGCUGCAUUUGUGGAGGCGUGGAGUAGGUUCCCCUACAGUGGCCGCCUUGUUGAGCAGGGACUUCGACGGGCUAAUGUUCCUUCAGAGACUGAACCUAAUUACGUUGAAUGGUUCAGAGUUUGCUCGCACCCGUACAUAUCCCGAGACGAAUUGCUGGCUUCCGGUCCUGGUCCUGGUCAGAGCAGAUCUGAUUACUUCGCGAAAGAAUGGGCCAGUCGAUUCUCUCCAGUGGCAAGACUACCUACGCGGCUUGCGGAUUUGAACUCCCGUCAACGACAUGCGUUAGAAAUAUACCUUAAUGAUUGUAGAGAAUUAUAUGAUCAAUGGCAAACUGAUCGGUGGACUAGCGUAAGGCUCAGAGGUCUAAAGAAAUACUGUCGUAGCGUUCUUGGUACAGAAGUCAUGGAUUCCUGUAGCGAUUGUCGGAUUUUAGCUUGUUGA